GGGAGGUCUCUAAAAGCUACUGAUAUCGAGCACAAAAGGCCACAUCCUGACCAUUAAGCUUGAGAGAAAUUAAGAGAUGGCUGGUUUCCUAGACGAUGUUGCUGAUAUGGUAAGAUCACCAUUCUUCCGAGAGAUCGAGGUUAGUGAACUAAAAGCUGGCGAUCAUAUCUAUUGCGGGAGGAAGCUAGGCUUCGUUUACACUCAUCAUGGAAUAUACAUUGGAGAUGGGAAAGUCAUUCACAACAUGGGCAAAAAUGGGAGUGGCAAGAAAAAGGCAUGCAAAAGUCGUCCACAAUGUGGCUAUGAUGGAAGAGGUGGGCUGGUGGAAACCUGCGUGGAAUGCUUUCGAGCUACAUCAGGAUUCCUUACAGGCACAAAACUCUAUCUCUUUCUCUAUGGAGUACCCAAAUUGGAGUGUGAGAUCCGUUUACGUACCUAUUGCAGUCCAAAGCAAUCUAAACCGGCCGAUGAAGUUGUGGCCAAAGCAAGAGAGAUGUUAGAAUCAAAAAGGCAAGGUGGCACGCUAUGGCUUUUUCUUUAACAACUGUGAGGAUUUUGCAACAUUAUGCAAGACAGGAACUGCCUUUUGUACCCAAUCUGAAUUAUUGUUUGGUAGAGUUGGGUACCCCAUUCUGAAGCAGCUAGUGCAAAGCAGCUGACCAGAAUGUGUGCACACGGCUUCCGAGUAAUUGAGUCCUGCCUGCACUCAGUCUGUAUAUGUUUCUGCAAUAUAUAUAUAGCAAUAUCGAUCUACCAUAAUUAAUAUGCCGAGAAAACUUCAAGUCUAUCUUGUGCUGGGGCUCGGUCUUGGGAUCAUAUCAAUAUGCAAGUGUGUCUGCAUGUCUGUCUGUCUGUCUAUGUUCUCUCUUUCAAGAAUAAGGUUGCUAUCGAGUUGUAACCAACGAAGAUGUCGUGUAAUACUGCUAGCUUUCUCCCAAAACAAAGCAUGCAUGGAGUUUGGUCAUGUUCUUAAUCGCAAGUUUAAAGAAUAAAACAAA